CAAGUGCCAGCCGGACGCGGUCGCCGCCAAAAUAUCGGACGUGCAUGCGCGUGAGCAUCGUGGUUGCGCGGGCCGUGGCUUCAUUCGGGUUUCGGCGCUCGUUGCUGUCGUGUCUGUGUAGCUGAAGCUCUCUACGUGUGUCUCUCUCCCACGCACGAAAAAUCAAGCGCGACCCUCAAUCAGUGAAAUAUGUCGGGACGCGGUAAAGGCGGCAAGACCAAGGGAAAGGCGAAGACUCGCAGCAGCAGGGCAGGGCUGCAGUUCCCCGUAGGGAGAAUCCAUCGUCUCCUGAGAAAAGGCAACUACGCGGAACGCGUCGGCGCUGGAGCACCGGUUUACCUCGCAGCCGUGAUGGAAUAUUUGGCGGCCGAAGUGCUCGAGUUGGCUGGAAACGCAGCCAGAGAUAACAAAAAAACAAGGAUAAUUCCACGUCACUUACAGUUGGCCAUCCGGAAUGAUGAGGAGCUUAAUAAACUAUUAUCUGGAGUAACUAUUGCUCAAGGUGGUGUUCUGCCUAAUAUCCAAGCGGUCCUUUUGCCCAAGAAAACUGGUACUGGUGGGUCUGGAAAGGGUGACAAAGCAUCCCAGGAAUAUUAGAAUAUUAUACAUUUAUAACUAACCAUACUUUAGAAACGUCUUUGUUUGCUGAAAUCAGAAGAUUGAAUUAAUAUUCCUAUGAAUCUGCAGCAGGAUCAGAUUUACAUAGUUGUGAAAAUUUUAAUGGAUAAAAUUAUGAUCAAUAACAAAAAAUUGCACUAUAAUUUAAUUUCUUUUUUUUUUUUCUUGAUUUCUAUUUUGUGUUGAGAUAUCAAUAAGGAUUUGUGUGACAUUUUUGUGGUUAAUUGACAGCCUCCUGCAGAAGUUUUAAUCUUACGCCAUUAGAAUAUUUGAGUACAUUUGUUCAUGCUUGUAAUUGUGUUUAGUCCUACUCUGGAUACUAUCGAAAGUAUAAUUACUGUUUAAGCGAAAUACAUGUCAUAAUUAUCUUGACCAUAUAACAG